AUGGAUAGCAGCCCGGCCCAGCGCCUCAUGGCACAGCGCUUAAAAGCAGCUCUGCCAGUAGCCAGCACUCUCCUGGAGCCAUGUGUAGUGACAGACGUGCUGGUGAAGCUACGUCACAGAAGACAUGUCUCCAAGUUCAUCUACGACAAAUCAGCAAAAGACUUACCUGAGCUCAGGGUGUGUGAAACAGUGCGAAUGAAGCCACUACUAGGGGACCGGACGGGCCUCUGGAGACUCGGAUCCUGUGUACAGAAAGUGGCACCACGCUCCUACUUGGUCAAAGUGAAUGGAUCACUGUACUGUCGUAACAGGGUUGACCUUCGGAUUGCUGAGCCAGCACCUACUCAGAACUCUGAUGGUCAUAGGGGUCACAUGACAAAAGACGGAACCCCAGCAAGUCACAUGGGGCAUGAGGCAGUGGGCGAAGAGCCAGGGGAUCACAGGUUGGCCGCUCCCUCGCCCAUCAAUACUCCCCUUAGACAGUCAGGUCACACGCCUGUGCAAUUCGAGGAGGAGUCAGAUGCAAACAAGUGGGUAUCCGUUACCGAAGCUGCCCCAGUCAGUUUAGCGGUUCUGUGCGGUGAGGAGGAGUUUAAAGUAACACUUCCAGCUGGUCCAAUGAGUGAAGUCAAGAUUUUGGGACCCAACAGUAUGCUCUCUGUUCUUGAAGCCCCAGAAUCCUGUGGAUACUCCUUAUAUCAGAACGUUUUAACUGUCAGCUUUUCAGGCUGCCUCAUUAGGCGCUGCAGUAUUCCCCAGAACCAGCACUUGGCUUGUGGUUCCACUGGAAUCUCGUCCUCCCAGUGUUUGGUGAUGGGUUGCUGUGUGGAUUCGGCAACUUCCGCCUGCUUCUACCCAAUGGAUGAGUGCACUGCAGACAAACAGUUUAUCUUUGCUGUUCACCAUGACAUCACCACUUUCCCUGUGACUCCCACCAAACUUGUGGUUGCUGGGAAGUCUCGCUGUGGCCCAGUCAUUGUCAAUGAUAAGUUUGUGGUCUUCAAGUUCUCAGUCACUGAAUGUGGAACUCGCUCAUAUGAAAUUGGUGGUACCGUGAUCUACACAGCAGAGGUACAGACGGCCGUCCGAACCCUUAACCUGAAGUUUGGCAUAAUAUCCAGAGACAACCCCCUCAGAGUCAUGGUUGAGUGCCGCUACCCUAAAGCUCUGGGUACCCUGCCAACAGCGGCGAGUGUGGGCUACAUGGUGAAAAGCCCCAGUGUAACAUUCCCUUCAAAGGUGACAUCCAAGGGACUGUUUGGUGUCGAACUCAGGAUUGCUGAAGACAAAACCUAUACUAAGUACCUCAAGCGGCACCAUCAGCCCCUGCAUCUCAUCCUGGGUAAACUUGUGUAUCUAGAAGUUCGUCUGACUUCUCCAAAUCCACAGGCGACACUUUUGGUCAACUACUGUCUGGCUUACCCCCGCUCUGCCAAGAACGUUCUGGUGCUCAUUCACGAAGGAUGUGCCAACCCUCAGGACCCCAAUGUCUCCAUCCUUAAAUUCAGCAACCUGCCGCAGAACCGCCACCAGCGUCGCUUCAUGAUCCAAGCAUUCCAGUUCAUGGAUCAACGGACCAACAAGUAUCUGGAUGAGGAGAUCUACUUCAUGUGCUCUACUGAAGUGUGUAUGCCCACAGAAAAAACUUGUGAAGAGCGCUGCUUUGAUGCAACUAGGAGGUGA